UAGUCUUCGUUCCACAGCAAAUCCUUCCGUCGUCGAUCUACCAUCGCAGUCCAAGUACAUAUUACCUCCUACUAUCACUAAUCACUGCCUACAACCACCGCCUUGAAGAGAUGCCCGUAAUCCAAAGGGUUUCGUUGGCCACCCCUCUCUUAUCACAGCUUUAAUACCAAUACCAAGAAACCUACCCCUUAAUAUAUUCCAUCAGGUAUAAUAUCAACGCAUACGGUAUAGUCAUUGCCAGAGAGCUAACCUCAACCUAGUCUCGCAAACCCAACCAUACCAUAGCCCAUCACCUCCGAUGCUCACAUCGUCGUAUUCGGAUGUCUCAUCCCCGAACAUACUGUCAAGAACGGCCACCUCUCCAAGGAGUUGGGGCACAGUUCGAAACCGGGAACGUGGACUACACCGAGAUAGCCUUUGCCCUGGAUGAGCUACCAAGCAGCCCUUUAGAUGUUUCGCUACUGCUUAAAGAAGUGCUUAGCCGAUCAAUAGAUACCAAUGACUCUCGGAUAGUAUUAUUGGAAUCUAAUGCAGUAGGGAGUUUAUCUCUUAGAAGUAGUCCCGAAAGAGGAGGCGGGACAAUAUAAAACAGCUAUUUACACCUGUUAAUCUAGACUAGUUCACAACACUUGACGGGGG